GCCGAGAUGCAGAGCAUCAAGUGCGUGGUGGUGGGCGAUGGGGCGGUGGGCAAGACCUGCCUGCUGAUCUGCUACACCACCAACGCCUUCCCCAACGAGUACAUCCCCACCGUCUUCGACAACUACAGCGCGCAGAACACGGUGGACGGCCGGACGAUCAACCUCAACCUGUGGGACACGGCCGGCCAGGAGGAGUACGACCGCCUCCGGACACUCUCCUACCCGCAGACCAACGUCUUCAUCAUCUGCUUCUCCAUCGCCAGCCCGCCCUCCUACGAGAACGUCAAGCACAAGUGGUACCCGGAGGUCUGCCACCACUGCCCCGACGUGCCCAUCCUCCUGGUGGGCACCAAGAAGGACCUCCGCAGCAACCCCGACACCCUGAAGAAGCUGAAGGAGCAGAGCCAGCUGCCCGUCACCCCCCAGCAGGGCUCCGGCCUGGCCAAGCAGAUCCACGCCGUCAAGUACCUGGAGUGCUCGGCCCUCAACCAGGAGGGCAUCAAGGAGGUCUUCACCGAGGCCGUCCGGGCGGUGCUCAACCCGGUCCCGCCCAAGCCCAAGAAGCCCUGCGUGCUGCUCUGA